AUGCAUUACACCGGUCGUAUUUUUGACUAUACUCGUUUGGGCUGCUCGCAUGUCCUGGCAAUUUAUCCCUGUAAUAAUGCUAUUUCGUUUGCUGAUCAUGCAGAAUGCUGCAUUCAGGGUUGCAUAAGAAUGGAACAGGGUAAUUGGAUGGAAGAAGAAGAUGAGUCAAUUAUUCGAAAAAGUUUUUUCCUCGGUAUAGGCUUUGGAAACAAUGGAAUUAAACCUAAGAGAAUCAUCAGCAAGUUAAGUGCAGCGAGUUUCAAAGAAAAACAAGUAGAGUGGAACAGCCGAAUGAUUGCUAAGCAGCUCCGACGUUUGGCGGAUAAUUUCGAAGCUGAGUUUCAAAACGUUUAUGAAACCACUCACCCGCAUCGCGAUAAAAAUGUCUCCGUGCAUUGCUCCAGCAUAAUUAAGUACAUUAGCAACAUGGUCAAUGGACGACAAUUUUUUAAUUAA